CCCAAAGAUUUGCGCCGCGUUACAACCCUCAAAGUUAUAUCUCUUUCAAACCAAGAGAGAAAAAGAAAUGAAUUUUCUCAUGAGAUUCUGAUUUUCUCGUUGUGGGUUUUGUUCUUACGAGAAAUCUAAAGGAUUCACUUCUGGAAAGUUUUGUUUUUUUUUCCCUGCUCGAGCUAAGAUUAUUCAGGGAAACAUGGAGAUGGAAACUGUUGAGGGAAUCGGUGAAGAGACAAGACCGAGAGCUAGUUCUUCAGAAACUGGGUCAGCUAAACAAAACGACGUCGCCGUCUCAGGUGAGAAAACCCUAAAAGAGAACGGUGUUAGGGUUUCUGAAAACGGAGAGCACAAGGUUGCUGAUGAGUCUGGUGUCAUCGAAGAUUGUGUGAUGAAUGGAGUUUCGUCUUUGCUAAAGCUGAAGCAAGAUGUCAGUGAUAAUAGUGAUGCCAAAGAUGAAGAUGGUGAAGAAGAAGAGCAUGGAUACCAUGUAGGAGAUUUCGUUUGGGGCAAAAUCAAGAAUCAUCCAUGGUGGCCAGGUCAGAUAUACGAUCCAUCAGAAGCUUCAGAUUUGGCGUUGAAGAUAAAGCAAAAGGGGAAGAUGCUUGUUGCGUAUUUUGGAGACGGGACAUUCGCUUGGUGCGGUGCCUCGCAGUUGAAACCGUUUGCAGAGAGUUUCAAAGAGUGUUCUAACGUAAGCAGCUCGAGGGGAAUUGUAACUGCAGUGGAAGAGGCGGUAGAAGAAAUGGGUAGACACAUGGAGCGCUUACUGAUACGCGAUUGCACAGUGGAGCUUGAUAACCGUGUUGUUAAGAAUGCUGGGAUAAAGGAAGGUGUUGCUGUUCGUGAUGUGAGAAGAGAGAUGAUUUCUUCUUUGCUGGUUGGAAAACCUGAAGGGAUUCUUCAAGAUGUUAAAGGGUUUGCAGAGACGGUUAGUUUCAGCGGUUUGCUUGAGCUUGAGAUUGUGAAAAGGAAGGUGUCUGCGUUUUUUCGGUCUAAAAGAGGAUAUGGUUUGACUGAGUUUCCUGAGGCCCAACCAGUCCCGGGACUUGAAGAUAAGAACAAUGAUGAUGAUGAUGAUGAUGAUGAAGACGAGGACUUUGAUGAUGGUGGUGCUAGACGUUCAACCGUAGAGAAAGGAAAAGAAGAAGAAGCGUUGGUCCCUGAAGAGUCGAUUCAAAGACCGUUAGAGAAGUGCUCAGGGUUUCCUGAUCACAGGCUGCAGCACAGGAGGAAGCAGAAGAGUAUUGCUGAGAUAUUGGAGAAUGAGUCUUGUGCUAGGGUGAGAUUUGAGAUAGAACCAGAUGAUGGAAAGGGGAAGUCGAGUAGGAAAAAGGUAAAACGCAGUGAUGAGCUUGUAACCACCACCAAUCCGAGGAGUAGAAGAAUGAAAGAAGUUGCUUCAAUUAAAGAAGAUAUCAAAGGCAAAAGGAAGAGGAAGAAAAGGGACGAGGAAGGGAGUGGAGAGAGAGAAGAGGAUGAAGCAGAUAAUGAUUCAACUCCGUUAGCUUCACUGCGAAAGAGGGCAAAGGUUGAUGAUGCUUCAAGUGCUGGAAAUGGGGAGACCUCCACACAAAAUACAUCAAAGAGAGAGAGGAAGAAGAGCAGCAAGUACUUUUCGCCUGAGUUCUUGUCAGAUUUUUCAUCCAAAGGCAGAAAAAAGACCAAAACCGAACCUGAAUCUUCCAAAGUUCCAAGUCAGAGCCAAGGAGGAGAGCUAAUGGCCAAUGCGAGUAACAGCCUCGUGGUGGUGGAAGAAGAGGAUAAUAACUCUUGUGAAUUAUUACAAUUGGAGAAUGGUGCAGGUCAUCAAGAACUGUCAGAGGAGCUUAGUAACGCUGUCGAUUUUCUGAGAUUGGGAGCUACAACUGAGGAAAUUCGGGAUCUGAUUCGUGUAUCUGCUCUUGGUACAGAAUAUCCGAAAGACAGCAGCUCAAGAGACAUGGUAAGAGAGUUCAUGUCCAUCUACAGAAGCUUCACAUACCAUGAGGGUGUUAACAGCAAGUUUCUAGGGAGUUAUAAUACUGCAGAUACAGACAAGGAAGAAAUGAAUGGGACAGGCAAACCUGAGGAGAUUGAGCAAACUGGAAAAGAAGAGAAUGAGACAACAAAGAAACAGAGAAAACCAAAGACGCCAACAUCUAAGAAGCAAGCUGAUGAAGUAGAAGAAUCCCGCAAAGAGGUGACUGAGACAACAAAGAAAGAGAGAAAACGUAAGAAGCCUGAAUCAGAGAAGAAAGCUCAUGAAGAAGAAGAGUCUACGAAGAAAGAGAGAAAAGCUAAGAAGCCUAAAUCAAGGAAGCAAGGGGAUGAAGAAGAAGAGGCGAGUGGGUCAACGAAGAAAGAUAAAAAAGGUAAGAAGCCCAAGUUUGAGGAAGAGGAAACUCCCAAUGAGUCUGGGAAGAAGGAAAGAGAGGGAAAGACUAAGAAGCAGGAAUUUUCAGGAGCUGAGCUGUUUGUUACAUUUGGUCCUGGUUCAACUCUACCUAAAAAGGAAGCGCUUAUUGAAAUCUAUGGGAAGUUUGGAGCUUUGGAUGAAGAGAGAAGCUAUGUUUUAGACUCCAACUUAUGCGCCCGUGUUGCCUUCUUGAACGUGGACGAUGGAGAGAAAGCCUUCGAGUCUUCACUAGAGAACUCUCCUUUCGCUUCUACUUCCACAGUUAAAUUCAGACUUAAGUAUCCCAAUGAGAGAGCAGGUGAGAAGAAAGGCGAAGCUGAAGCUGCAGAAACAAAAACUGUGGAGAUGGAACACUUGAAGAAUAAGUUUGAGGAGAUGAUAUCAUUGGUGGAUAAAUCUCAAGGAAGAAUGACUGAAGAAGUGAAAGUGAAACUUGAAGAGGAGAUGGUGAAUUUGCUUGAGGAAGUAAGAAAGAUGCCAUUGUCUUAGGAUUAUGUUUUUAUCUUGGUUGAGACGUUUACAUGAGAUUGUGAAUUUGCUGCAAAAAGCAAUGUCUUAGGAUUAUGUCUCUUAUGUUGGUUGAGAAUUUUCAAGAGACCUUUACAGGUUUUUAGGAUAUUUCUCGUCUUCUGCAAAAAAAAAAAAAA